CUUCUAUGUUCCAAGUUCGCACCUUCCCUUUUGUGACAUUAAACCUCUCCCCGAACAAGUCUCCAAAGCUCAAAUUCCAAUUCUUAAUUAUGAAUGUUUCUUACGUAUGAUAUUUUGUAGGAUUCAAUCCCUAGCAUGAGGAUGUUGCCUCGCAUCAAUUUUUGUUAUAGAAAAAUCAAUGAUUACCCCAUCUAACUAAUCUUUCUUUUUAUUUUUAAAAAGUCCACCUCCAUCCAUUCUCCAACUACAUUUCUUGUUAUAGAAAAAAUCAAUUUAUCGCCCAACGGAAAAGCCGUCUUUCCGUAACAAGACAAACAACAGAGGCCUCCCAUUAACAAUCGUUGGCCGUCCUAAAAUAUAUCGACAUUAACACUAACCCACACCAAGACUAAUUACAAUUAACUAAUGGAAAACGGCAGAAUUAAAAAAAUAAUAAACUGAAUUAAUCAAGAUUAUUAUUAUUAUAAGUCCAAACCCGUACUGUGUUUACAAAGCCGUCCUCAUUAUUCCCUUUCCCCUCCCCACCAACUUAGACCACAAAAUACAUCCUUCCCACUCCGCCUCUCUCUCUCUCUCUCUCUCUCUCUCUCUCUGCCUCCAUAUGUCCCGCCACCAGUUCUCGCCGCUUUAAAAAUUUACUUCUUCUUCUCCCUCCAUCCAAAAAUCCAAAAUCGAAAAACAGAGAAAGGGAAAGGAAGAAAAAAACCAUGUUGGGGAAGAAGAUGGUGUCGUUCAGGAAACUGGCGAGGAAAGUGAAGGUGAUCAGCAGCAUCAGGGGCGGCAAUUAUUACGGCGGCGAGUACGAUCUGCCGCCGUCGACAACCCCGCCGCCGCAGUACGAGUGCCUGUUGGGGGAACUGGAGUCGGAAAUGGCGACGACGCCGACGGGUUACUUCGCGGUGUACGUAGGGGAAGAGAAGGAGAGGUUCGCGGUGCCGACGGGGUUCUUGAGCCACCCUCUGUUCAAGAUGUUGAUGGAGAAAGCGUACAGCGACCAGCAGUGCCUGGACAGGCUCGUCAUUCCGUGUACCGUCGCCACGUUUCAGGAGGUUGUAGCCGCUGUGCAGUGCUGUAACGGCAGGUUUGAUUUGGGGAAUUUGGUGGAGGAGUUGUUGUAGAGAAAAGGCCAAAAGGGAAAGUAAAGGAAGGGAGGAAAAAAACAGAGUAAGAACAGAGUUUGUUUGUUUUUGUAGAAAUCAGUGCUUAAAUGCGUUGGUUAGUGAAGGGUGCGUGGUGUAGAGAAGGGGAAGGGGAUAAUUCAUAUUGUUACUUAAUUCAUAAGGUGUUUGUGAUUGAUUGUUACAUAUUCGUAAACUGGGAAUUGGUGACAGAAAUGAACAUGGGGUCAAACUUGUUUCUUUGUAAAUGUUUCCUUGGACGUCUUUCUUUUCCUAGUUUUGAUCCGAUCUCAGAGUAAGAAAAGGGCAAAUGACGG